AUGACUGCACUCGACCAAAAUGGCAAUCCCCUUGUAUUUGGCGCUGCUCCACGAAUCAAACCGUCGUUGAUUUGGGCGGCGACUGCCCGUACCGCCACAACUCCCCGGUUUGGCGAGCAAAUCUUCACUUCAACCGCUGUUACGAACGUGACGGGAUCGAAAAAGAGAUCUCUGCCAAUCGGCAGCACAGCACUCCCGAGUUCAAUCGAGCCACCAACCAAAAGAGUCAAGUUCAACAUAAAGGAUUAUGGAGACCUCAUCACAAUCCUUGGAGGCAAAAACAAGCUAAAGGUGGUAAUCAUGAGGAAACUUGCAUGCGCAGAAUUUUAUCUUCUCAAAGCUAAACUUGAAGAAGAUUCAGAGUCUGGUGGCAAGGAAGAGGUUGUCAUUGUGGGGCACACUUCAAUGGCUGCCUCGAUGUACGCGAACUGGUUGAUGAACGGCGAUGUCGAGAGUCUCCAAAAUUACACCGCUAUCAGAACUGGCUCACAGUUGAAGGCAGCGGUGGUUGCUGAAUUGGAAUGUCAAUGGGCUAUACUGGCAGAUUGUUUCCAAUUGGGUGAGGACUUGGUCGCACCCAGAUUCAAGAACAACAUUAUGGACGCAAUAGUUUCGAAGAGUAAGGAGAUUCAUCAGCACGACGGAGCAGCAGGUCUGAGGUCCAAGCAACUGAACACUGUCUACAAUGGUACCAACAAUGACUCACCUCUUCGACGACUCGUUCUACACACUCUCUUCGUGUCCAAUGCUGAGAAAAUCAUCGACGAACUGUAUACCUCGAUGCCAAUGAUUCAGCAGUUCUUGAAGGAUGUUGCAAAGCUUUCGGUUGCCAGACUGCAAAACAACAGCUCGACCGAGAUCCCGAUCACUUCUGCAAAUCCAUGGGACAAGCACCCCUGCGAGUACCACGAUCACUCUGAACAGGAGGAAGGCUACUGCUGCACAUGA